AUGGACAAUGCGACUUCUCCUCUCGACUUUGCGUCGCCGUACACGAUGUACGACAUGCCCUUCGCGGUCUGGCAGCUUUAUGUCGAGCAUCUUUGGAAUUGGCAUCCUGAUUCAUGGGUGGGCAGUAUAGCGUAUGCCUCUCGUCUCCUCGCGUUCGUGCUACUGUUUCCGUUCGUAGUGUUGACCGGAUUGGAUGUCGCUUCAUAUGUGAUCGCGAGGACUUUGGGGGUUGUCGACGAUGUCAAGGCAUCAACAACAGACCACGCCACGAGGAAUCCACCCACCAUUCGUAUUCACGAUGCCUCUCCUCCGAUGACAGAUCCAUACGCCUCUUCAUCGUCUGAGCUGGAAUUGUCGAGCAGCCCGGAAUCCUUCGCCGCACCGCACACCCUGAAAAUGUCGACCCUCGACGGUGCAUCAAGUGGCGGUUCCCCCUUCGACGCAAAUCCCCUCAGGGAUGCAGAGGGGUUGCCUUCUCUUGAUGUGUCCGACCCCCAUCCUUACUUCGCAUCAGAGGAAAACAGCCUGAAACUCUCUGGGGUGGGGGUCUUUUCUCCUGCUGGUUCACGACCGCCAUCACCGACGCUUACGCGACGCCACAUAUUGCCUGAAGGCAGAAGUCAGAUCUCGAAUCCUGACUCGAUCGCAAAUGUUAUCGGCGGAGGAACGCAAAUGCUUGAUGGAGAUGAUGAGGGUCUGACCUUCCGCGCUCGCGCUCGUCGUACGGACAGAGAUGAAUAA